GCGGCGGAGUGGCCUGCGGAAGCCCCGCCCAUCAGGCAACCCGGCCGGCGUCAACCGACCAACUUACCGAUUGCUCGAUUCUGUGUGCGGAGCCGGUAGCUUCGGGUCCGGUUGAGGGAUGGCGGGUCCUCGCGCUAUCCUGAGCUCGUCCAAGGUGUACCGGGUUUUGACUCGUUCUGCUUUCACUGCAAGGAAACCUGACUACACAAAUCCAAACUGGCUAAGAGUUGGCCUGGCAUUUGGCAGUACAAUAGCAUUGUGGACUCUACUCUUCAAGCAACAUAAUCAGGAUGUUCAAGCAUACAAAGCACAUCAUGGAAUCGAAUAAUUGAUUGUCUAUCAUGUAAAACAAUUCAUCGAAGUAUUUAAAGGACUGCGCUAGAUGUACAACAAAGUCAGUGAAAUAAAUCGGCAGGAAGAAGAUACAAGCUGCUCGACAAAUAAAGGAACCUGAAUGACGAUUCAUUCUGGAUUAAGCAAAGAAAGUCUGUUUGUUUCUGCUGUUCUUCACACAUUAUCAACUUCAUAGUAGCUGUUAUAUUAAUUGGGGAUGAAGCCCUCUGGAGUGAAAUGAAAUGUUCUUGUGGUAAAUAAAUGUAAAAGAAGAUCUAA